AUACAAUGUGGUGUGUACAUAGGAACCCCAACGAACGAGAAGGCUGUGGACUGUCUACGAGGUCCUCGUGACGAUAGUGCUGUGGUCGCUAGACGCAAAUUAUGUCUAAGGGCGCUACAGUUCGCCUUAGAACAUUACCGUAUACUUAGUGAAGGAUCAGCUGUUGUUCAUGAUGGUAGUUCGAUGAUGUUCUCGUCGGAAGACUUAGCGUAUGCUUUGAAAGAGCACAAUGGGGCUCUCACUCCAGCUCUGAUCAUACCCAUAAACGAGAUGCCUAAGGACUUGAGGGCACUCAUCAAUCGAGUAGACGCCAGUAAAUUAACCAUCGAAAUAACUGCUUGCGAUGGACCAGGCGGUUCAUUCGACAUUGCAGAUUUAUCGGCACAAAAGAAUCGCGAUUGGGCUAAUCUCGAUCGAUCUUGGAAGCAGUUUUAUGAAUUGCUCACCAACCAGGAUGCGGCACAUAGAGAUCUCUUCACUCAGUUUGGCUUCGGCUGUAUCUACUGUCAAAAAAAACCUGAAAACGCUGGUUACGGAAUGGAGAGAUUAUCCGGCGCUCGAAAAGGGGAUCAAGUUCAUUGA